CAUUAUUAGGUUUCUGCAACUCUUCUCAAGAAACGGUCUGUGCUAUCAAGUUCCAACAGGCCUUAUUCUCUAUGGAUUGUGCUACCAUUCCCCUUGUCCUACUCUGCAGCCUGGCUUCAUUUACCCCCAUUAUGGGAUGUUUUUGUGACCAUUACCCAUGGAGUUUGUGGUCCUAUUGCACUAAAACCUGUAACUCUGGCACCCAAACACGUACAAGGGCUGUACGCUAUGAUGAGCACUGGAACAAAAACAAUUGUUUCCAGCUGUGUCAGACACAUGAGACUAGAGCGUGUAAUGUUGAGGCCUGUACCAUAAACUGUCAGCUGACUGAGUUUGGACCCUGGUCAGAGUGCUCGCCGUGUGCCAAAAAAUCUAUUGGGACACAUUAUUUCAGCUCUGGGACAUUAGGGGGGAAGUAUGACCUCCUUUUCCAAUAUGAUCGAGAAGAACUGAAAACCUACGGACUGACAGAAGGGGAAAUUAAUAGCUGCUUCAGGCAGGAUUCCACCAUCAUCGCUAUAUUCUAUAACAGAAUAUCAUAUAGUUCCACAUGUGGGAAAACUACAUUAAAAACCAAAUAUGAAGGGUCAAUUGUAAAAGCAGCGGAGAAGUGUAUCACAUCGGUGCAAGGAGGUAGAGCUGAAUAUACAGCAGCCCUGGCCUGGGAGAGGAGGGGUGUAUUGCCAAACAGCACUACAUACCAAAACUGGAUCAAAUCUACAAUAGACAAUCCAACUGUUAUAGAUUUUGAGCUUUUGCCUUUAGUGAAUUUGGUGCGUGGCUUCUCUUGUGCUCUGACAAGGAGACGGCAUCUUCAUAGGGCGCUGGAAGAGUACCAGACCGAAUUUGAUUCCUGCAAAUGUGCCCCCUGCCCAAACAAUGCUCGGCCUGCUCUUUCUGGAACAGAGUGCAUUUGUAUUUGCCAGACCGGGACCUAUGGACCAAACUGCGAGAAACGAGCCCGGGACUACACUGCAGAUGAAGUUGAUGGGCACUGGAGUUGCUGGAGCUCUUGGAGUACUUGUGACGCCACCUUGAAGAAGCAUCGCUCACGUACCUGUAGCAACCCUGCACCGCAGCGAGGGGGCAGACCCUGCCAAGGCCCUGAGAAACAGGUGGAGGAAUGUACCAUCUCUAUUUUCCAGACGCAAAAUGUGUGCAUUAAUGAUGAUGACUUUGAGACUGAAGGGUCCCGUGAGAGCCAGUUGCCCCCCGGAGCUUCUGGCUGUCCCAAACCCCAUCCACCUGCCAACAGUCACCUGAGGAUCAACAAACGUCAGUAUGAUUAUGGAGAUCACGAGGAGUUUGUUUGCUUCACUGGUUUUGAACUGGAUGGAUACCAGCUCAUUCACUGUUUGCAAGAUGGCACUUGGGAGAAACCAAAGGGACGAUGCAUUAAAAAGGUUUGCGCCAAACCCACAGUGCCUGAUGGCAUGACGAUAUACCCAGACAAAAUGGAGUUUCAAGUAGGAAGUGACAUCAUGCUGGCCUGCAUAGAGAGUGGCAUGAGUCCUUCAGGGCGUCAAUAUUACACGUGUGGGAAGAGUCUUGUUUGGGAGCCAAGUAUCCCACAAGACAUACACUGCAAGAUUGAUAAACCCUUUGUACCAGACAGCAGUUGUAAACUUGGAGAGAUGCAUGAUGGGACUAAAUGCGUCUGCAUGUCCAAAGAGAGAUGCAGAAAUUACAGAGCAGAUCUGUGUGUCUUUGACGCUGACAAGGACACUGCCAUUAUGAUAUCCCUCUGUGCUUUUUGUGCUGACCGUUGUCAUGGAGACAGAUUAUACUUUAUGAAUAAUGGACUGUGCAAAACUGACGCAGGCAGUCUGGACUGGGCCAAAUUCAGGGCCAACGUAUCUGAGCAGAGCUCGGUGCAGGAGCCCUGUGGUUUAGACACCUGUUACGAGUGGGAGACAUGCUCAGUAUCAAAAACAUGCGAGUGCAAAAUCCCCAGAGAAUGUUCAAAAGAUGGGAAGCAAAUGUACUGCCUGAAAAUUGUGAGAACGCAAAGCACACGGAGCUUGAAUCUGUGCUUCAUGGCUGCCAUGAAAUGCAGCAAGAUGGAGUUUGAGCUUCUGCAUGAAGGUCCUUGCGCAAGUUCCUAAUUGUGCACCAAUUAAGACAUUUUCACAGCUGAAAUGCUCACUCAUUAUUGAUUU